CCCCGCCCUCCUGCAGUUUAAACAGGGAGCGGGUGUCUGUUGUCCUUCCUACCGAUUAAUAGCAAACAUAUCUCUGUAAAAUCUACAUAGUAAUAAUGAGUAGCUCUCUGGAUCUACUCCUCUGUUGAUGGAGUCGCUGAGGGGGCGUCUGUUAAGUCUGUUUCAGAGUAACUUAACAAAAACAAGAAAAAAAACAAGAUGAGUGCAUUUAUUCGAGACCGGCCGGUGUUCUUAAAAACAUACGGCAAACAAAAGCGCAAACUGGAUCAGUGGUUCUCUCCAGACGUGAGGAAGAAAGCAUUCUCGUUCUCCAGCACACCGUCUUCUGACCAGUCCAUCCCGGAGAUCAAAUACCAUAAGAAACGGAAGAAAAAUGCUGCUGCAGCUGGCACCAAGACCACCCAGAGGGCCAUGACUGCUUUGAAGGAGCUGGAGAGUGAUGAGGAAAAUAUCCCAGCAGCAUCCAGAAAUGAAAUUAGCACUAAGCCAGCUAAGAAGGCUGCUGUCACAAAGAAGAAAACAGCUGCACUUAAUUCCAAAGCCAGCAGGAACAAACAGUGUGCUGGAAGACUGAAGAACAAGCAGCAGCAAAUUUCCAGCAGCAGUGAAGAUGAGGACAACUCUUUAAUAAUUAACAAGAAGAACCCCCUAAAUGUCUUAAGACCAAGCUUAUCUGAUAACAUAGAUGAUGGAAAGAAUGAAAUCAGCACUAAACCAGCUAAGAAGCCUAUGGUCACAAAAAAGACAACAGCUGCACAUAAUUCCCAAGGCAACGAGAACAAACGUGCUGGGAGGUUGUGGAAGAAACGUCAGCAAAUUCCCAGCAGCAGUGAGGAUGAGGACGACUCUUUAAUAAUUAAUAAGAAGAAACCCUCUAGUGUCUUAAGGACGAGCUUAUCUGAUAACAUGAGUGAUGGAAAUAGAACUAGUAGGAGAGUAUCAACUGCUGCACCACUGAGCAGAUUUGUUACACGCCGCAAAAGAGCACCACCCGUCCAGGCUGAAAAGCUCAUCUCUAAAGAGAGUUUCAAAGUUCCCAGCAGCACUCUGAACUCAUCAGAAGACUUUGUUCGUGUUGUCCCUUCACUUCCUCGCUGCGUCACCCGGCGCAGGCGGCCUGCAGUUUUGGAGAACUUCAGUCAGGAGAGCUCAGAUCCUAAACGUUCUGCUGCUUCCCUCUGCAGCAGUCAAGCCCAUUCCUCCGCUGUUCUGCGUGAAGUCUCGCUUAAUGACAGCAGGGAGCAAAGCAUGACCUGCAAGCGUCCACUGCUGUCCAGCACCCCGUUUCUGGCCUCCAGGAAAAACCUGCGCUAUCUUGAGCCCUCAAUCAUCGAGCUCUCAUCCUUCAGCUGUGAUGAGCUCGAAAAGCCCCCCGCCAAAAACAGCUACACCACCACUAACACCACCACCAAUGGUCAGCUGAUGAACAAACCACACCCCUUCCCCACUCUGCAGAGCGAUCAGCUCCAGUCAUCAAAUCGCUCUCAGGAGUCAGAUAUGGGGAAAAAUGUAGAGAGUGCACACCAGCUUCCAGUGACAACAAUAAAUGAGGUUGGAGAUGGCAUUGAGAAUGGAGGUGAGGAGGAAGAGGUCUGUGGGCGUGGUCAGAUGAGUGCAAGUAUUGAGUAUAUAUCAGCUCAGACUCAUCUGGACUCUCGAGUGGAGCAGCUAAAAGACAGGUGUCGCUCGGUCAGUGCUGUUAUCAUGCUGGAGAAGGUGGACAUCUCGGACGUGUUGUCUCCUCACAGUGUUAACGAGAGGCCAGAAGUGGAGGAGAUUCAGGAGUAUUCACCCUGUUUGAACUUAAGACCCUUAACUUCAGUGACUGCUGAGGAAAUCUGGCAUAGUAACCAAUCCCAGAGCAUCUCAGGCUCUGCCCUGUCUGAUGACUUCCCCAAACCCCUUCACAUCACCUCUUCAUCCCUCUCCGCAUUGUCUAUUCCUCCUCCUUCCACUUCUCCAACCCAGGAGUUGUGCAGUUUAACUCAAGCCCUGGCCGAACGUCUUAAGAAAGAGUGCUUGUCCUCUUGUCUUACUGUCUCGCUUCAGCCGCUGGACCGAAACGUCCUCCUCAGGUUCCGACAGGCACCCGUCAAGUCUCCUGAAGCUCAGGCAGUUGCAGCUCCUCCUCCAGAGAGUAAAAGUGGACACCUUGGGAACCCUGAGGGCCUGAAUGCUCAAGCAGGCCUGUCAUCUGGGGGUGAUAGGCAGAAAGCAGCGGUGGUCAGACGCCUGUCAGCCUCUUAUGGGGUUUCUGCUGUUUCUCCUGCGCCCGCUGAGUCUCCUAGUAAAUCACGGUUGCUGGUGGUGCAGAAGGAGCGUGCUGGUGCCGGUACUGCCCGCAAAGCAUGUGUGAGCGGCCUGAGUGUCAGCCGUUGGUCAAAGAGAGGUGUGGGUGAAGGAAACAAAAGGCAGAGGAAGAAUGGCGGUAGGACACGGACUAAACCUGGAGACUGCACUUUAAACAACCUGCUACCUGGCAGAAUGGCUCCAACUGGGGAGUCUGUAUGUGAUUGGUUGUCUGGCGACAGCAGGAUUGGGCUGCCUGGCACCCCCAUCAGAAUUGAUCUGCUGAAUCUCUCGGCUCUGGCAAAUUUCAGUCCAGAUAUGCUCACAACACACAGCUGGGGACGACUCAAAGCAGCGCUCUCCAUACACAAAAAGAAGACAGCAUUCCCAACCCCUCGCCGUCUCUCCAUGUCCAAUAUGAAGUCUCCAGGUGGGAUGAACACCAGUCUAGACCUCUUUGGCACACCUAUGGCUUUACGCACUCCAUUGUCCAAGCUCGCUUCCUCUCGCCUGCUCUACUCCACUAUGAGCAACGCCUCCAUUGGUCCUGAUGAAGAAAUAAGUGACGCCGAAAAGGUGUAUCAGGAGUGUCAGCAAGAUGGGCCCCUCUCAUUUGAGGACUGCAUUCCUCCAGAACAGAUGAAAUGCUGCAACAAGAUUGGAGAGGGCACGUUUGGGGAGGUCUUCUCCACAAUCAACAGCUCCAAUCAGACUGUGGCUCUUAAAAUUAUUCCAGUGGAAGGCUCUGAGAAAGUCAACGGUGAAGCACAAAAAACCUUUGGUGAAAUUCUUCAUGAGAUCAUUAUUUCUAAAGAGCUGAGUAGCCUAGACUCAAAAGAGAACAACAAAACAAACGGCUUCAUUGGACUCAACAAUCUCCACUGUGUACAGGGGUGUUACCCCAGUGCUCUGCUCAAAGCAUGGGAUAAAUUUGACCAAGACAAGACGUCUGAGAACGACAGACCAGAUUUCUUCGGUAAGGAGCAGCUCUUUGUAAUUCUGGAGUUUGAGUUUGGAGGCAGUGAUCUGGAGAAUAUGAACGGAAAGCUCUCUUCUAUGGCCCAAGCAAAAAGUCUUCUGCACCAAGUUACUGCUGCACUGGCUGUAGCUGAACAGUCACUGUGCUUCGAACACAGAGACUUGCACUGGGGGAAUAUCCUAGUAAAAACAACCAAGGAAAAGCAUACGGACUUUAUUCUGAAUGGCUCUGUGUACUCAGUAGAGACCAGGGGAAUUCAUGUGAACAUCAUAGACUACUCACUCUCACGCCUUGAGAUUGAUGGACUUACGGUGUCAUGUGACAUAUCAAAUGAUGAGGAGUUGUUUAUGGGCCAGGGUGAUUACCAGUUUGAAAUCUAUCGUCUGAUGAAGAAGGAGAACAAUAACUGCUGGGGCGAGUAUAACCCUCACUCCAAUGUUCUUUGGCUGCACUACCUGGUGGACAAGCUUUUGACUAUGAAGUACAAGUGCAAGGCCCAGAGCAGCCAACAGAGGGCCCUGAGGAGCAGCCUCAAAUCCUUCCAGUCAGAGAUACUCAGCUUCCGCUCUGCUACAGAUGCCCUCCUUCACUGUAGUCUGUUUCAGUAAACACACACUGUGUGUACGGACAAUUCUUUUAAAUCAGUGCUUUCAGACCUAUACUAAUAUUAUUUUAAAACUAUACUGUAACAAAUAUAUGUUCAUAUUUCUAAUGCUUUGUAAAAAAAGAAGUAGUAGGAAAUAAAGAAAAGGCUAUUAGGUGAGCCUACAUCAGGUACACAAAUGUCUGGACUGGACUUCUGCGCUGAUAAGUGAGUACCUUCAUAGGUCUUGUAGUUUAUUUGUUUUUCUUUUUUUGUUUUUGUGCUUAUUGAUGUGAACAUACACUACAUGGACCAGA